AUGGCUGAGUUUCUGGUUGCCAAAGUCGUCUUUCAGCUUACCAACCUUCUCGUACAAGAAGCUGCUUUUUUGCGUGGGGUGAGAGAUCAGGUCGAAUGGGUGAAAACACAGCUGCAGCUAUUGCAAGUUUUCCUCAAAGUUGCCGAGUCCAGGAGGAGGAGGGGAGACGAAAGAGUGGAGAUCUGGAUAAGGCAGAUGAGCGGUGUAGCAUAUGAAAUAGAAGACGUCAUAGGCACCAUCAAGUACAUGGGCGAGAGGCGACACCAAAGGAGAGGCUUCAUGGGCACCAUGUCAAGGUACUCUCACAAACCUCGUGAAUUGAUUACCCUACAUGAAAUUGGUGGUAAACUUGAAAAAAUAAAGGAAAAGAUCCGUGGUAUCUCUGAGAGCAGAGCCACAUAUGGCAUUGCUAAUCUAGGUAAAAGUAGUGCAGUGGAUCAAAGUGGGCAAUCACUCAGAGAAUCCUCUCCUCACUCUGAUGAUGAUGACAUUGAUGUUAUAGGCUUCGAGAAUGAUAAGAAAGAAUUAAUGUGUGGAUUGCUUGAUCGGAAUGAGAAAGCACGAUGUGUAAUUUCUAUAGUGGGUAUGGGUGGGCUAGGCAAGACCACCCUGGCAAUAAAAGUGUAUAAUAACCCUGCAAUUAAAAAACAUUUCGAUACCUUUGCUUGGGUUUCAGUUUCUCAGAGCUACCGAGGUAUCGAGCUAAUGAAGGACAUCCUGCAAAAAGUAAAGGGAAUCAAACAGAGGAAAGGAGACUUGGAGCAAAUGGAUGAACAAGAAGUGAGAGAGAAGCUCCGUGAUUUCCUAAGAGACACAAAGUAUUUGGUCGUGUUGGAUGAUGUAUGGGGUGUUGAUGUUUGGAGACAAAUGCAGCGAGUCUUUCCUGAUCAGAACAAAGGUAGCAGAAUACUGCUUACUACACGCAACAUUGAGGUUGCAAGAGAUGCCCAGCCAUGGAUUCCUCCACAUGAACUGCAGCUUUUAGAUGACACGGAGAGCUGGCAACUCUUUUGUAGGAAGGCAUUUCCACCAAAUCAAGAUGUCCCAACUGAGUUGGAGGCAUUGGCCCAUAAGCUUGCAAAGAAGUGUGGUGGACUUCCUCUUGCACUGGUGGUGUUAGGGGGCCUUAUGUCAAGGAAAGAUCCUAGCUACGAUACGUGGUUGAAAUAGCUC